AUGAGCGCCGAUGUCGAGCUAUUCAGCACAUCAAUUCUAGGAAAUCCAGUUACGAGAUCAAGGCAUGAUAGAUAUGUUACUGUGCUGAAAGCAUUCAAGAUACCUUUCGUGUGUUACGAUCUUGCUUCAGAUGAGUGCGCCAAGAAGCGAUGGCGCAGUAAGUCAAAAAACCCACAAAUCCCAGGUAUUUUAGUACAAAAUGAAUGGAGAGGCACAUACGAUGAAUUCGAAGAGGCAGUCGAACUAGGGGAUUUGGAUGCGUUUUUGAGAAUCGAUCCAAAUGUGCGCUCGGCUUCUUCGGUUCCUUCGCAGCCAAAAAUUUCCUUACAAUCCGAUACUCGGGAUGGUAAAUCUGGAUCGACACAAAUACCAACAUAUACUACGUCAGCUAAUGAACGACGUGUUCUACAGGACGAUGACGAUGUGCUGUCUUUCCUUCCUCAAGGCACUACCGUAACCGAUGCCGAGGUGGAUGCGUUACUGAAGGAGCUAGAAAAACCUCUCCCAAGAACAACAAAGCGCUCAUAUUUUCCAUCAAGUCGUGCCAGGAAUGACCCUCUUCCGCUACCCACUAUGCCCAAAGACCGUCCUCAAGCUCCUGGUGAGCCCGCUAAAUAUGACCCUGACGCGAUGCUGUCUAGAAACCUUGUUUCAGAAGCUGCUAAAGCUAUUGGUGUAUCUCCCACUCCACGGAAGUUUGCGCCUCGUAUGCGACUCAAUAAGCGUUCCACCGAAGAGAUUAUGAAGGAGCGUCGCGCUCGUUUAGAAAAAACUGAGAAUGAUCGUAAAAAUGAUGAGUUAUUCGAUACCCUGGGUCUCUCAAAUAUGAAGAUAUCAGACGAAGAAGCUGAGGCUUUUCUUACAAAAGGCAUCAUUCCUUCACCACAAAAGCAAACGCGUUCAUCUCAUGGCGGAAACGCAAACGACCAUUUUGGCGGAGAUGAAUCACUUCAGGACAAAAAUACUCACGCUUUUGUUCAAAACAAAAAUGUAUCAGCAGCCCUUGAAGAUCCUGCUUUGAAAGAACCUCUUGCUGUGGAACAAGGCAUAGAUGGUAGUACUUUCGGUUUAAAUACCGAACCUGAAACCCUUGAAGAAUCCAAGCUUUUGUCUCCUGAUAUAAACAAAUUUGAGGAAGCUCAAAUUGAAAGUAACGCUAGAGGAUCAGGACAAGAAACGUCGCAUGAAGACGGCAGUCAGGCAGCUGCAAAAUCAAAGAUGGAACUUGUUGAGGAAAAAGACAACAAACUUGACUCCAGGGAAACAUUGACAGAUGAUCAUGAAUUCGCGCCAAUAGAGGCUACGAUUCCAAAUAAUUCACCUAAAGAAGCACAACCCCGUGAAGAAGCUAAAAGUCAACUUGUUGAAGAGCUAGAAGCCUUGAACGAAGCAAACAUGCGUGACAGCUCAUUUGUCUCUGAAGUAUCAUUAUGCGACAAAAAAGAUAACAUGGACGUGUCAUCAAAAAAUGAAGUACCUGCUAACUCAUGUGAGAAUGAUACUCUGGACGCAGAACAAACAAUGUCUGUGCCUUUUCUAGAUGGGUCAAGUUCACCAGAAACUGAUUCCACGAAAUUAAAUCAAUCUGCGUCAAUGUCUGAUGAGAACAGGAAAGAUCCUGGAUCAUUAUCUCCGUACAUAAAAGAAGAAAGUGCGGAUCUAGUUCCUGAAUCAAACUUACAUGAUGAUACUGAAUUAUCUGGAUCAACGAAAGAGGCAGCCCUUUUUGCCGAAGAUGCAAAUGAACAAGAAUAUCAUAACGAUGAAAAAUGCCAUUCCGAGUCUGAAAAGAAUGUUGCCUUUGAAACGAAAAAAGACGAGCCAGCCGACACACUCAAUAGGUUCAACGAGCCAAAAGCGUCGAACCAGGAUAACUCGUUGAAUCGGGUUCAUCCCGAAACGAAUGUCUCGCAGGAGUCUGAAAACUUAGAAUUCAUCAAAUCUGAGUCUAGCGAUCAGGAGGACAAGGGCACUUUGAUAUCAGAAGUACAAACCGAAUUAAAUCAACCUGAAGAUGAAACUCGGAUUUCUGACGCUAGACCAACUAAUGCGGACCCUUUCGCUGAAAACGGUGCCAUGGAGACUAGUUUGCACACAAAAGAGCCUGGUUGUGCAAAUGAUAAUGCCACAUCACCUACUCGUGAACUGCAUAAAGCCCUUUCGAAUGAGGCUACAACAGAAACUUGCUCUGAAACAGAUCCCCAGCGAUUAGACGAGAAUCCCAAAUGCACUGUGUCAAAUUUGCAAAGUGUCGAUUUUGCAUCGAAAGAACCGACCCGAGAAUCAGAGAAUUUUGGCCGAACUGUGCAAGAGCAAACCGAGCUUCGUGAUGUGGAACUUACCAAGACUAUGCGGAGCGAAAAUGCGGAAAAAAAGGCGUCUUUGGACGAUAAAAUGCAUGAUGUACAAGCAUCGGACGCCUUAGGCAAAGAGCCUUUGGAGACGGCUGCAUUAAAUGCGUCACACUCGCCCAUACCCGAUGUAUCAUAUGAAUCAGAUGUCACUAUUUGUCAUGAGCGAGAUGAGAUCUUGCAUGCAAAUGCACAACAGGUACAUUCUGUGGACUCUUGUUUAAAUUCAUCGUCUCGAAGAAAUGGAUCUUGUACUCCAAUUCACGCCGACGACAAUUUUUCCGGCCGACAUGCAUUCUCUUCAUCUCAAGACGCUAUAUCAUCUGUGCCUGAUUUGUCUACUUCUGAGGAAUAUAUUCCUUCUACGAUGGAGCAUGGCUCCAACCCGUCAAAUAUUGUAACGCCAGCAAAAGGUUCUCUAUCUCCGUCCAAGGAUGCCUCGUCCACUUUGGAAAACGUUUUAAAUUCAAGCCAAGAAGCUUCCUCGUCACAAGAUAUUCUAUUGGCGACCGAGGCUUUGUCAACCGAGGAUUCACUCCCGAUGGAAGCAGGUAUGGCAUCCAAACUCAGUAAUUUUGUCGCCGAAGGUGAUCAGCAUGGGACUGAAAAUGCAUCAUGCUCAAUUUUCAAAAAAUCAACUUUGGAAGCAUCCCCUUCUUCCAUGAAUUCUUUGCCUAUCCAAAAUAAUCACAUCAUGCAGGAUGAAGAACGCUUAAACGAAGACAUUUCAAAUGCACGCCCCACCGACACAGCUUUAGAGCAUGUGAACAACGACGAUAUAAAAACGAAGCAUUCUGUGUCAAGUGAUAAGUCAAUGCAUCUAGCAUCUGCGACAGUACCUUCGCUAGUGGCUGGAAAGAAGAAUUUAGAUGAACAGAAGGCGGAUGUGACAGCAUCCACGCCUACUACAAUGGACUUGCCUAGAGAUCAUCCUGAUUUUCAUGUCAAUGACGGGGAUCCAUCAAUGGAUCGCCCAUCAAAAAACUUGCAGGAAUUAUCAGCGACAGACACUGAAUCUUUAAAAGAAAUUGAUCCCAGCAUGAAAUCACAACCGCCUCAUGCAUCCGAUGAGCUUUCUUAUAAAGAGUUCUCGAAGGAGGAGAAAACUGACACAUUAUCACAGAUGAAGGGCCUGUCUUCAGACACAGCUGAACGCUCGUCAUCAGUGCAACAGUCUUCUGCUUCAAAUCCGGCAACACCCCGCGAAUCGCCACUUGAUGUACGUCCACAGAGGCCGACAAAAGCCUCGCCUGUCUCUCCAGUUGCCAAUCUCGACAAUGAUAAAGACACAAGGUCGCCACUGUUCGACGAAGACGGCAAUACAACGAUGCUGAUACAUACUGCCGGCGCUGAUGAGAAGGAUAGCGACGAAAGUAAGGAAAUCCUGUCUAAAGAGGACGCAAAAGAUGCUAUGAACCAGUCCGAGCCGUCGGCGACUUUGCCGAGCAACGAUGAGCAUACUCCUGAUGCAGCUCGUGUUUCAGGACUGCAUACAAUACCAGACCAAGAUGCAGAUGCGUGCAACUCACAAGUGAGCACCGAGCUCAUACAGCCGUGCCGACGCAAUGCAUCAGGAAGCAUCGGAGAAACAAGUCAUGGCAGCGACAGUGAAUAUGAAUCAGAAGGAGACGUUCCUGAUCUAUGGAUUGCUUCCGCUCGCUUCCCUCCCACACAAGAUUUUUCUCGGCAAGAUACGUCGCUCGAGCAGAGCAAGAAGCGCAAUGACUCUUCUGUCGAAGAUGUUUCGAUUGCCCCCGUGCUUGAUUCAUCUACUCCCACCGACCCGAUCUGCGAUGCCGAUUUUUCUGUGCGUCCUGCUUCGAAUGAACAAGAUCUCUCAUCAACAAGCAACAACCUUGCUGCAUCAAUCACCGAUCCACACUCUCUUUUGCCUGAAAACUCAACGCCAGAAGAGAAUGAUAUUCGCUCCACGAGUGUAGUAACGACACUGUCGGCAGAUCGAAAGUCGCCUUCUCUUCCCCGGUGUCCGCAGGAUGACCGCGACGUGGCUCGCCGAACCGUGUCGGAGGCACCACGCUACGUUGACAACAUAAAGUCAACCAGCAAGGAUAAAAACGAUUCACCACGACGCACGCUCAGCGAUAUCAUGCACGAAGCCGAUCAAAUAUUACAAGAAUGGAAAUAG